AUGCAAAAAGGAACCUCUAAAAUAGGUAUUUGUGAAAAGAAACUGGAUUGGCCUUCAAGGCUCAAAGUGGCAAUCGAUGCAUCUAUGGGACUUGCUUAUCUCCAUUCUAAUUCUGCAGUUGGAAUUCCUAUAGUUCACAGAGAUUUCAAGUCCACAAAUGUCCAUCUAAACGACAACUUCGAAGCAAAGAUAUCAGACUUUGGACUAGCCAAACUGAUGCCAGAGCGUCAAGAGAUUGAUAUGACUGCAAGAGUUCUUGGCACAUUUGGAUAUUUCGAUCCCCAGUAG